GGAGGCUGGGAGCUCUGGGCCGGCCGACUGUGGCGGCGUCGGCGAGGCCGGGACUUGGGCCGAGGGCCUGCCGUGGCGGCAGCGGCGGACGCUGGGCUCUGCAGCGGAAUGAAGCUGGCUAGACGGGUCCCGGCAGGAAAGAGGUCGCAGGCUUCGUUUAGGAGGUUAAUAAAAGCCCGCAGAGGGAGACCAGAAACCGAAAGGCGGAUCUCCCCUCUCCCCGCGUGGCAGCCGGGUCGAGAACUUGGCCAUACCCUCCGCUUAGACUCAGAAGGUCAUAGCAGUGGAGAUAAAACCUGCUGCGCAAACUGUUCGAGGUUCUGCUGGAAACCCCCCUGGUAAGUGUGGAGGAGGCGGGACGCUGUGACCCAAGACAAAAGGCCUGGAGCGCCAGCCAAAGGAAAUAAACGUAGAGGGAGAAGGGAAAGAAGGCUGAGCUGCUGCUGUGAGCAGGCCCGGCGGAACCGCGCAGGGGACAGCCCCCCGGGAGCGGCUGUAUGCGGACUGAGGGUUCAGGGAGUCUCGCGGGCCCGAGGGCCUGGACUGGGUGAGGAGCGGGUGCUCUCCGAGGUGAGGUGGCCCGAAGGGGAGAGCGGAUGUGGCCAGGAGCGUGGCCUUGGUGUCACCGGGUGUGCAUUCCUCUGGGGCCGUCGGGGCUCUCAGCCCCUGUGCUGUGCCAGGGAGGGGUGCAGGGUUGACACGGAGGAGGGUGACCUGCUGGCUGGAGUGGCAGAGCAGUGGCCUUGAUUUCUCUUUCGGAAGAUUUAAAACCCAAAAAGCAUAAACGUUCUGGUCCUUCAGCAAUGCUUUCUCUGAAGAAAUACUUAACGGAAGGACUUCUCCAGUUCACCAUUCUGCUGAGUCUGAUUGGGGUGCGGGUGGACGUGGAUACUUACCUGACCUCACAGCUCCCCCCACUUCGGGAGAUCAUCCUGGGGCCCAGCUCUGCCUACACGCAGACGCAGUUCCACAACCUGCGGAAUACCUUGGAUGGCUACGGGAUCCACCCCAAGAGCAUAGACCUGGACAAUUACUUCACCGCCCGGCGGCUCCUCAGCCAGGUGAGGGCCCUGGACAGGUUCCAGGUGCCGACCACUGAGGUGAAUGCCUGGCUGGUUCACCGAGACCCUGAGGGGUCUGUGUCCGGCAGCCAGCCAAGCUCAGGCCUGGCCCUCGAGAGCUCCAGUGGCCUCCAGGAUGUGACAGGCCCAGACAACGGAGUGCGAGAAAGUGAAACGGAGCAGGGCUUCGGGGAGGAUCUGGAGGACUUGGGGGCUGUAGCCCCUCCCGUCAGCGGAGACCUAACCAAAGAGGACAUAGAUCUGAUUGACAUCCUUUGGCGGCAGGAUAUUGAUCUGGGGGCUGGGCGUGAGGUUUUUGACUACAGCCAUCGACAGAAGGAGCAGGAUGUGGAUAAGGAGCUGCGAGAUGGAAGAGCCGAACAGGAGGACACCUGGGCGGGCACGGGCGCCGAUGCUCUGGCCCGAGACCUGCUAGUGGACGGGGAGACCGGGGAGAGCUUCCCUGCACAGUUUCCGGACGUCACCAGCCUCCCAGAAGUAGUACCGAGUGAAAACGAGUCCCCUGCCCUCCAGAGCAGCCUGCUGUCUCCACUCCUCACGGGGACAGAGUCACCGUUCGACUUGGAACAGCAGUGGCAGGAUCUCAUGUCCAUCAUGGAGAUGCAGGCGAUGGAAGUGAACACGUCAGCGAGUGAGGUCCUGUACAGCGCCCCUCCCGGGGACGCCCUGAGCACCAACUACAGCCUUGCCCCCAGCACACCCAUCAACCAGAACGUGAGCCUGCACCAGGCGUCCCUGGGGGGCUGCAGCCAGGACUUUGCGCUCUUCAGCCCCGAGGUGGAGAGCCUGCCCGCCACCGCCGGCAGCCCCGCGCUGCUCCCCCUGGUCCCCAGCAACUCCACCAGCCUCAACUCCACCUUCGGCCCCACCAGCCUGGCCGGGCUCUUCUUCCCGCCCCAGCUCAACGGCACCGCCAACGACACGGCAGGCCCGGAGCUGCCCGACCCCCUGGGGGGCCUGCUGGACGAAGCCAUGCUGGACGAGAUCAGCCUGAUGGACCUGGCCAUCGAGGAGGGCUUCAACCCCGUGCAGGCCUCACAGCUCGAAGAGGAGUUCGACUCUGACUCGGGCCUCUCCCUGGACUCCAGCCAUAGCCCAUCCUCCCUGAGCGGCUCUGAGGGCUCCUCUUCCUCCUCCUCCUCCUCCGCCUCGUCCUCCUCCUCCUCUGCCUCCUCCUCCGAGUCCUCCUCAGCCUCUUCCUCCUUUUCUGAGGAAGGCGCCGUGGGCUACAGCUCGGACUCGGAGACCCUGGAUCUGGAGGAGGCGGAGGGCGCCGUGGGCUACCAGCCCGAGUACUCCAAGUUCUGCCGCAUGAGCUACCAGGAGCCGUCGCAGCUGUCCUGCCUGCCCUACCUGGAGCACGUGGGCCACAACCACACGUACAACAUGGCGCCCAGCGCCCUGGACGCCGCCGAGCUGCCCGCCGCCGGCAGCCUCAAGAAGGGCGGCAAGGAGAAGCAGGCCGACUUCCUGGAGAAGCAGAUGAGCCGGGACGAGCACCGCGCCCGCGCCAUGAAGAUCCCCUUCACCAACGACAAGAUCAUCAACCUGCCGGUGGAGGAGUUCAACGAGCUGCUGUCCAAGUACCAGCUGAGCGAGGCGCAGCUCAGCCUCAUCCGCGACAUCCGGCGCCGCGGCAAGAACAAGAUGGCGGCGCAGAACUGCCGCAAGCGCAAGCUGGACACCAUCCUGAACCUGGAGCGCGACGUGGAGGACCUGCAGCGCGACAAGGCGCGGCUGCUGCGCGAGAAGGUGGAGUUCCUGCGCUCGCUGCGGCAGAUGAAGCAGAAGGUGCAGAGCCUGUACCAGGAGGUGUUCGGCCGGCUGCGCGACGAGAACGGGCGGCCCUACUCGCCCAGCCAGUACGCGCUGCAGUACGCGGGCGACGGCAGCGUGCUGCUCAUCCCGCGCGCCCUGGCCGAGCAGCAGGCGCGGGCCGCCGUGUGGCUGGCGCGGAGGAAGUGUGUGGAGGGACGUGAGGGCAGGUGGCGGGAGGGAGCGGAGCGGAGGAGGGCGGGAAGCUCGGUGUGUGGAGCGGGAAGGAAGGAGACCCGAGGCGCCAUGGCGGUGAGAGCAGCGGGGCUCCCCGCCGGGGUCCGCAGAGCGGGGGCGGGCCCGAGGCUCCCCUCGCUGUCCUUGCGCUUGGGUGUCCCUCAGGGAACCGGGCCUGUUGGGUUGCAGUGGAGCGCGAGCCGGCGACCCUGGCUCGCUGGGUGAGGGCCCCGGGGCAGGGGAGCGGAGCGGCCCCAGCACGCGCAUGUCCACUGCCUGCCACUGCCGCCUCGCGCCGUGCCCCCGCCGUCCCAUCAGCCUGCAUGGAAUCGCUGCACUGUCCAUCCCCAUCCUGCCUGGUCCCGGAGCCCGGGAGGGUCCUGGCCGCGGUGCCGGGGCGGGGAGGGCGCGGGGAGCGGGGUGGCACGCACAGGCGCGGUGCCCCAGCCGCGUGGGCCUUAGCGUCCCUUGCUUCGACGCGCCCCCAGGGCCAGGGCCGGUGCCGCCACCGCUAGGGUCUAGCGUGCUCGUGUUGCGUGAGAGGAGAUGCCCCAGUCUUCAAAGCUGCUAAAUGUUCUCUUUGCCAUAAAGACUCCGUGUAACUGUGCGGACACUUGGGAUGUUUCUGCUCGGCCCGGGGUCUGGUCUGGGUUUCUUUCCGGGAGAAGGGGAAGUGCAUGGUGUGGGCUGAGCGUGCCCUCCCCAGACCCCGGCCGGCUCUAGCCGGCCUCCUGGAGGGCCGCCCGGGUGGGGCCGGGUCGCUGCAGGCCGCGGUGUGGCGGUGGGGCCGUGUUGGUGACUGCUGACCACUCAGGGCGCCUGCCCAGGCCGCGGGAGGGCCGGGGGGCGCUGAGCCUUGCCCGGAGAAGGCUCCCCGCCGAGCGGCAGGGACGAGGGGGCAGAGCCUGGGAGUGCUUUUUAUAAAUUAUUUUCCUCGUAGAUUUUAUUUUUAAUUUAUCUCUGACCUGCCAGGGAGAGGAGAAGAGAGGAGAGAGAGAGAUGCUGUGAGCACAUGAC